UCUCUCUCCUCAUCCUCCUGGUUCUCUCACUGAUCCGCCGCCCGGAUUUGGCUGUAUCGAGCUUGGGAUCUCUUUUCUGCUCAUCAUUUGUUGAAAAUCAGGGAUUGUGAUUCGAAUUGUACUUUGUGUUCGAUCUGGAUUACGUUGGUUCGAUAGAUCCGAAGUGACCAGUGGAAGCCAAAUUCCUCUGCACCUCUCUGAUUUAAGAUCAUUCGGUAGCUGUUGAAAUGGCAGCAGCAACAGGAUGGUACAGGGGAAGAGUGAAAGCCGUUCCUUCAGGGGACUGCUUGGUCAUUAUGGCCAUGGCCAGUAGCAAGCCUGGUCCUCUGCCUGAAAAGAGCAUCACUUUGUCAUCUCUGAUUGCUCCUCGACUGGCGCGUAGGGGUGGUGUAGAUGAGCCAUUUGCAUGGGAAAGCAGAGAGUUUCUAAGAAAGCUCUGCAUAGGGAAGGAAGUGACCUUUAGAGUUGAUUACAAUGUGCCCUCCAUUAAUCGGGACUUUGGCACUGUUUUUCUUGGUGACAAAAAUGUUGCAAUGCUGGUUGUUGGGGAAGGCUGGGCCAAGGUAAGAGAGCAGGGGCAACAGAAAGCGGAAGUAAGUCCUUACCUUGCAGAAUUGUUGCGACUGGAGGAACAUGCUAAACAAGAAGGCCAUGGUCGGUGGAGCAAGGUUCCUGGUGCUGCUGAGGCAUCUAUGAGAAAUCUGCCACCUUCUGCCAUUGGUGACCCUAGCAACUUGGAUGCUAUGGGCUUGUUAGCUGAGAACAAGGGCCGACCCAUGGAAGGAAUUGUUGAGCAAGUUCGUGAUGGUAGUACCCUUCGGGUGUAUUUACUUCCAGGGUUUCAGUUUGUCCAAGUUUUCAUGGCCGGUAUUCAGGCUCCACAAAUGGGAAGGAGAGCUGCAACGGAAACAGUUGUUGAAACAGAGUUGGCAGCUGAUGAUACUAACGGGGAUAUUACUGGAGAACCUCAAGCCCCACUUACAUCUGCCCAAAGACUUGCAGUUUCAACAUCUGCUGAAACUGCUGCUGAUCCUUUUGCACUGGAUGCUAAAUUUUUCACUGAGAUGUGUGUGUUGAACCGAGAUGUUCGCAUUGUCCUGGAAGGUGUUGACAAGUUCAGCAAUUUGAUUGGUUCAGUGUAUUAUCCUGAUGGUGAAUCGGCUAAGGAUCUAGCAUUGGAGCUUGUGGAAAAUGGUUUUGCUAAAUAUGUUGAAUGGAGUGCAAAUAUGAUGGAAGAAGAUGCCAAGCGGAGGCUGAAGAAUGCAGAGCUCCAGGCAAAGAAGAGCAGGUUAAGGAUCUGGACAAAUUAUGUACCACCAGCUACAAAUUCAAAAGCAAUUCAUGACCAGAAUUUUACAGGAAAGGUGGUAGAGGUUGUAAGUGGGGAUUGCAUAAUUGUUGCUGAUGAUUCCAUCCCAUAUGGCAGUCCACUAGCAGAACGGCGAGUCAACCUGUCAAGUAUCAGGUGUCCAAAAAUAGGCAAUCCUCGUCGAGAUGAAAAGCCAGCUCCUUAUGCCCGUGAAGCAAAAGAGUUUUUAAGAACACGCCUCAUUGGUCGUCAAGUGAAUGUUCAAAUGGAGUAUUCUAGGAAGGUUGGCCCGUCAGAUGGAUCUAUUGCUCCAUCAGGGCCUGCAGAUUCCAGAGUAAUGGAUUUUGGAUCUGUAUUCCUAGUGUCUCAUGUGAAGGUGGAGGGUGAUGAUGCCCCAUCAUCAGCUCCUCCUGCUGCAGGUCAGCAAACUGGGGUAAAUGUUGCGGAGUUGGUGGUCAGUCGUGGCUUUGGGACUGUCAUUAGACAUCGUGACUUUGAGGAGAGGUCAAACUACUAUGAUGCUCUACUUGCUGCUGAAUCACGUGCCACUUCUGGAAAGAAAGGAAUCCAUUCUGCCAAGGAUCCUCCAGUCAUGCAUAUAACUGACUUGACCAUAGCAUCGGCCAAGAAAGCCAGAGAUUUCUUACCUUUCCUGCACCGAAGUAGAAAAAUUCCUGCUGUUGUGGAAUAUGUCCUCAGUGGACAUCGUUUCAAGCUGUUGAUUCCUAAAGAAACCUGCAGCAUUGCCUUUUCAUUUUCUGGUGUCAGAUGUCCUGGUCGUGAUGAGCCAUAUUCUGAUGAAGCGAUUGCACUAAUGAGACGAAAGAUUAUGCAGAGAGAUGUUGAGAUUGAAGUGGAAACUGUUGAUAGAACUGGAACUUUCUUGGGGUCCUUAUGGGAGUCAAGGACCAAUAUGGGAGCUGUACUUCUUGAAGCUGGCCUUGCAAGACUCCAAACCUCCUUUGGCAGUGACAGGAUUCCUGAUUUUCACCUUCUCGACCAAGCUGAACAAUCUGCUAGGAGGCAAAAGCUUAAGAUUUGGGAGAACUACGUUGAAGGGGAGGAAGUGUCCAAUGGUGCAGCUGUUGAAAACAAGCAGCAAGAAGUGCUCAAGGUUGUGGUUACCGAAAUCUUGGGAGGUGGUAAAUUCUAUGUACAGACAGUUGGUGAUCAAAAGAUAGCAUCGAUUCAGCAGCAACUUGCUUCUUUGAACCUUCACGAACCUCCAGUGAUUGGUUCUUUCAAUCCCAAGAAGGGUGACAUAGUUCUUUGUCAUUUUCUGGCAGACAAUUCUUGGUACCGAGCAAUGGUUGUCAAUGCUCCUCGAGGACCAGUUGAAUCACCUAAGGACAAAUUUGAAGUAUUCUACAUUGAUUAUGGAAAUCAAGAAGAAGUAACUUACAGUCAAUUACGGCCUGUUGAUCCAUCUGUGUCUGCUGCACCUGGCCUUGCUCAAUUGUGCAGUCUUGCAUACAUAAAGGUUCCUAGCGUGGAGGAUGAUUUUGGUCAAGAAGCUGCUGAAUAUCUGAGUGAGAUGACUUUGAACAGUGGAAAAGAGUUCAGAGCCAAGGUUGAGGACAAAGACACAUCAGGAGGAAAAGUGAAAGGACAGGGAACUGGCACAAUUCUCAGUGUAACUCUUGUUGCUGUGGAUGCUGAUAUCAGCAUUAAUGCUUCCAUGCUUCAGGAAGGACUUGCUAGGAUCGAGAAAAGAAAUAGGUGGGACAGAAAAGAAAGACAAGUUGCCCUUGAUAAUUUGGAGAUGUUCCAGCAAGAAGCACGUACUGGUAGGCGUGGAAUAUGGCAGUACGGAGAUGUCCAGUCAGAUGAGGAGGACAGUAUUCCUCCGCCAAGAAAGGCUGGUGGCCGAAAAUGAAUGUAAUUUAAUGAUGGGAGGUAAUUUAUAAGAUAGACAUCUUUGAGAGAAAAUGAGAGAAGGUAUAGGGCAUAUGAACAUCAUGCUUUUGAGUUAGCGAGGGAAAGGAAAUGCGGUGCGUGAACCCUAGUUUUGUUUUGCCUUGUUUUUAUUUUUAUUUUUGUUUUUUUUUAAAUUUUGUUUGUUAGGUUGAGGGGACAAUUUUUUCGAUAAUGUCAUAAUAAGGUACAUGCGGCAAAGGUUCAUUGUUA